UUACAUAUUUACAAAAAUAUUUCGACGCCCUGAAUUCAGUCUCACUUACCGGAAUCAGUAUUGCCAUUAGUGUUACCCAAACAUGGCACGAAGGGGAAAACAUUUUACAUAUUUACUUAGAUAUUUGUAAGUUGAUCGAUAACGACAAAGUCCUCUCAGGAAUUAAUAAAUCCUAAUCUCGACCCACUUUAUUUUUAUUUCAAGUUCUUUGAAAGACUACAGAAAAGUCUAGCGCGAGAUACAACAUGCGGACACUCAGCAAUGGUGAAAUGCGCCUGAUCUUCAUAUAAGAAAUGCUGUAGUCCUGGACCAAAUGUUGGGAAUUCAGAGAAAUUGUAUGUCUAGAUAAAUAGCGAGAAUAGAUUGACCAGAAUGAUAAGGGACUAGGGAACACAGUGUUUAUUUUGUCGAUGCUUCCUUUUUAAAAGAAAUGGGUCAUAGGGAAAACAUUUAAUUUACAUUUUGUUUUUCUCCACGGAAGUAUGAUCCUUCUUGAAUGUUGGCGUGAAUCGAGGUCCAUCUCCCAGAUCUGCGGGACAGCGUUUCAAAGGGGGUGAGAAAGUAAAAUCGGACGUUCCAUUCUCUGGUAUUCAGAGUGUAAAAAAGGGGGUCCGUCCGAGGCGGUGGGGCGAAGAAGAAGGAGGAAGUGGUGAUCUUCGUCGGUCCUCUUCGGAAGAAGAGUCAGUUGUCUGUUUGUGCCCUGACCAUGGAGACGUCCCGGCUUAUCGCCGCGUUCUUCCUUUUCGUCGCAAGAGCGAUGACCCAAGAUUACGAUGUUUCAGAUAUAGAGUGUACGUUCGGAUCUUCGGAAAGCGGAGGUGUCGGCCGGACCGGAGUCGAUUCGAUGACGGCUCGACUGAGGAGGCCGGAAGGAUUCAAAGGUGAUCCGCUUUUUGCCGACGACCGGGCGAUUGACCCUCUCACACACCCGGCCUGCAGGAUAACUCCAGACCUUUCGGAUAUACACAGGCAGUCUUAUCUUCUCCAGGUGACUGACUUCUCCAGAUGCGGCGUCCUGAGGAGAAACGGUUUUGUCCACGUACGGGUCUGGUUUCCACAAUUUCCCGGCGUGGUCAUGAUGUCGGACCAGGAGCUGAUCAUAAUGUGCAAGCCGCCGGAGCCGACCAUCAUCGAAAACAAAGCGGCCGGUUUUGCCGGAAGCCUACCUCACGGAGCCAGGGUGUCUGGCGUUGUGGAAGAAACCCCGGGGAGGCUGGAAUACGAGGUCGCCCUCUACAAAGAAGCCCCUGCCAGGAUCACCAACUCGACGAUAAACGAGUUGCCUGUUGACCAGGCUGUGCCGAUCGGGACGAAGCUACAGCUGAGAGCGAGGAUCAACCCGAAAUCCGCUUGGAAGUAUGUGAAACUGAUGGAGGUGGCUGUCUCCCCGGAUCCGGACGAAGCCCAUGCACUAGGAAGCGUCGCCUUGGUCAGGAAUGGAUGCCGUAAUUCCGAUUUCUCUUCGAUCAUACCCCACCAGCCUGCCAGAUACAGGGAAAGGCACAACGAAGUUUUCCUUGACUUCGAGGCUUUCCUUUUAUCGAGCAUGCGAGAACGAUCGACGCUCUGGAUCCACUCCCAGAUCAAGGCAUGCAUGGACCCGUUGGACUGUCAACCGGAGUACUGCAUGGACCAAUAUGAGCCUUCGGGACACGGCAGGAGAAGAAAGAGAGAGGGGAACAUGACCGAUUCAUCUACCAAAGACAAAAAUGGAACAAACCAAUAUACAAAAUUUAAAGAAAACAUUGAAUAUACUGUCCUUAUGCCAGGAGAUGUAUAUUCAGAGCCAAAUGUAGAGGCUUCUUGUCAGAACAUGCUACUCAUGUCUGCAGCUCUUGGAAGUAUGCUUUUCACUGCUGCUUUUCUCAUGUGCUACUUGGCAGCCAGGCUGCAUGCAGUGCAGUCCCAGUCGGCGCAGUCGCAGCCCAAGAUUUCACACUUCCCACCACGAUCGACACUCACAUGAGACAGCUGAACCAAAGACUCUAGAUCUCUUCUAUAAAACAAAAACAAAUCCUUUCUUGUAAUAUUUUUGGUUUCAUGCGUGUGACAUGGAACAAACCACCUCCCACCUGAGGGCCUUGUACAAAGUAUUUAUGACUUUUUUAAAAAGAAAAGUAUCAGUUUUGAGCUGAUUGCUUUUUUUCGGGGAAUUUUGGUGUUUGUCCUACUUUAUUUAGUUAAUUUGUACAGUUUCAAUCUAAAAAAAUAAAGAGUUUAAACUUAAUUUUUUUCUGAAGCCUCAUCACACCCUGGACUCUGCACUCCUUCUCUUUUCUGACUAUAGCAAUAAGUUGUUAUAUCCACUUACAUUCCAAAAGCUAAUGGUUAGUACCCGUAAUUAAUUUUUAGUAAAAAAAGAAAGUCUGGUUAGAAUUUCUAGAAGAUUGGUGUCUUUGAACUCCUUUCCAUCGGAUUAUUUUCACCCAUGGUGUCUCUGAGAGUUUAAGAACUUUUCUGAGAACCAACUGAGAUAUCAAGUGGAUGGAGUUCAUGGAUGGAAUCCCAAUAAAUAAAUUCCUACCUUACAGCAUGCCAACUGUGAUGAUUGUGAUUCCAAAAGUUUAAAAUUCCAUUUGUAAUGCUCCCAACAUUACAAAGAGGUGGCUAUCCUGCUAAUACUAAUACCAAUUGUGAUAUGUAGCUAGAGAAUGGUAAUUACUUAGUUUUAGAGUUGAUGUUCCCAACUGUGAUAUGAAAAUGUUAUUAGAUAGUAAUCCAACUAAAUAAAUUUGUAGCAUGUAGCAAUACCAACUGUGAUGUAUAUGUAAAAAAAUGAUAAUUUCACAAUUGUUUCAAUUUGUCAUUUUCCCAACUAAGACACGAGUUUACAGCUGACAUAUGAAUAAUUACAAUUAUUAUAGUGGUAAUCCCAGUAAAUAACUUUCCAGGACAGGCAUAGUAAUCCCAACUGUGAUAUAUAGGUUUAAAUCAUUUUUAUAGUUUAGAUUCGAUUUGUCAUGUUCCAAGCUGAGAUAUCAAGUUCGAGGAUGGUCCCACUAAAUAACUAUUCAGGCCGUAACAUUACCAACUGUGAUAUCUAGUUAAAUAUUUAUGUGCGAUAUUUAGUGACUGUUAAUAAAGG